UGAGUUUGACACCCGUUAUAGGCAUGCAAUUUAAAUGUAUUGACCUUUGCUUACAGUAAAAAUCAUGUAUUUCAUCACAUUUGAUGAUAUUUCGAUGAAACUUAGAUGAAAACGACUGCAGCUGGUAAAUUGAGAAAGUUGAUCAUAAAGUUACUGGUCCCCUCUCCCAUGUCAAACGCCUGGAUUCAGGAGGCAGGCAUUAAUGUUAUAAACCAAUGGUAGCAUCAUAUAAUCGUAACUAAUAUAACUAUGGAACUCAUUAAAACCGUCAUCACAUGUGCGCAUCAUAUGUGCCACGAGAUUCUGGGUUCGAGUCAUAACUCUGUCGCAGCCGGCGGCGCACAAUUGGCACAGCUUUGUCCGGGUUAGUGGAGGGCUUGCCCGGCAGGGAUAUCCUUGUCCUAUCGCGCACUAGCGACUCCUGUGGCGGACCGGGCGCAGUGCACGCUGACACGUUCGCCAGGUGUAAGGUGUAAGGUGUUUCCUCCUCCGGAUGGCUUCCGGGUUAAGUGGGCAUCGUGUCAAGAAGAAGCAGCGCGGUUGUGUUUUGGAAGACGCACGGAUCUCGACCUUCGCCUCUCCCGAGUCCAUACAGGAGUUGCAGCGAUGAGACAGGACUGUAACUAUCAAUUGGAUACCACGAAAAAGGGGUUUUAAAAAAAGAUAGCUCAAGUAGAAAGAUGCUGGUAGCUAACGCCUUUUCAUUCGUGUUGUUUUUAGCUAGCAAGCUAAUUUACUUACCAGCAUGCCGGGAAAAUGCCAUAGUGUUAAUUUACAGGGUACACUAUUUUAGAAGAAUUAAAACAUCCGAUACCAGUGGCUGUUUUUUCACUUCGGGUGGACAGGCUACACCGAAAAUUAGGAUUAUGUAUGUGGGUGCUGUGCUCAUUUCGAGCGAAAUUCCUUUAUCAAUUGGGGAGAACAUCCGAUGGGUCUUGCCAGGAAGCUAACCCUGAAGACGGAUGCAGUACCAUCAUUGACACUUCCCACUAGAAUAUGUGAAACAGUGCAAAAUGACCCUAGAGAGGUUGCAGUCACCGGAGCCUUGUCCCGGAGCACCAACCGCAGAAAGAGGACCAGCUUCACCAAAGAAAAUGUGGCACUUCUCCGGGUCACAUUUGAGACAGACCCUUACCCUGGCAUCAGCCUGAGAGAGAGCCUGUCUCAGAACACAGGCAUACCUGAAUCCCGCAUCCAGGUGUGGUUCCAGAACAGGAGGGCUCGGACUAUGAAGUAUAAGGGAGCUAAGGCGGCGUGGCAGUUCGACUCUGGCUUCCACUCCCCUGGUGGGUUCACCCCUGUCCAGGACACAGUUUCCCAGCACCACACCAUGGGGACAGGGGCAGGGGCUACCCAGCCUGGCCUGGCCCCUCUGUCCACCUCCCCCUACCUGCCCCCUGCCUACCCCAUCCAGUUGAAGGAGGAGUUAGAUGACUUGUUCUAUGGAUGCUGCCCUCCAGCCUACACUGGAGUGGAGGAGACUGGCCACUACAACUCCCUGUUCGAACCGAAGCAAGCCAGGGUGCUGGGAUACAGCGCCAGCCCACCACUGAAUAGCCCCAGGCACCAGAUGAUUCCAGGAACCUGGCCCCAGGCGGGUGAUCAGAUGUCCCCAGUGCAGUCCAUGUGGAGCCCCUUUCCUCUGGAGGUAAGGAAAUGCAGCGCAGGCUCCAGCCAGGCCUUCCUUUACCAUAGCUCAGCUGAGCAGCAGCCCCUCUACAGCAACCCCCAGGAAGCCUAUGGAGGCCCCAUUUCCCAGACCCAGGCCCCAGCCACCCCGGAUUCCGGCUGCUGGGAGGUUGGACAAGAAAUCACCCCUACGAUGGAAGGCCAAGGUUCCCAGUUGUAUGGCUCCUGGAGCACGGAUAUGUCUACCCCAGAAUACCCAGAGCUCCCUGUCCUGUCCCUGCAGGAUAUCCUGAGUGAGCUGAAUGAAGAGUGCUGGGAGGAAAAUGGCCUGAACAGCUACCCAAAUGAGGAUGAUCUGGUUAACUGUUGAAAACUGUUUUUUGGUGGAAAAACGAGGGUUUGACUGUAUAGCCUGUGUUGCUGGAAUGUCAACUAUGGACUACAUGUUGACAGAAAUGUUCUCAGAGAGACAGAGAGAGGGGAUCAUCUUUCGGAAUUCUACAACAAUCGUAUUCAUUCUCCCACGAACUUCAUCCCACAUCAUUUUAUGUUAUCUAUCUAUAUAUCUAUUUAUUAAUAUUUUGUUCUCUGUACUUAAAUUCGAAAUAAAUUUGAUUCAAACA